UCUGUAUGCGGUUCGAUUUAUGCUCCAUCGGGAGUGUUUCGCGACGGGCAGAAGACGACGGUAUUACAUUAGGAGGAAAAAGCACCACCGAGAGUGUUCGCGUAAAGGUGAAAAAAAGGCAGGAGAACCAUUUAUUUGGGAUUUUAUUCUGACUGCAAUAUGUUGAUUUCGGCAGAAAAUGUGCUGUUUGCUUUGAAGUGCAAGUAAAUUGUCCGCCGGGAUUCGGUCAGUGUUAAGCCAUUGCUCCGGGCGCUAUAUUCUGGAAGUGUAGACCCGUGAUUCCCGUUAACCGUUCUCGUCCGAUGAGUAGGGAGUGUAUGCGUUCCGAGUGAAAAAAAAAUAGAGUAGACUUCCGAGGCGGACCAACCAAGCAACACAAUGGCAGGUGAUUUCUCUGGCUGUACGGCCCGCAAGAAGAACCGUGCCCAAUCGGUCGAGUACAAUCCGGCCAAGGUGGACAGCGGAGAAACCUCGAAGCAACAGACCAAUCCGCUGACCACCCGGAGCGGGUUGCGGGUGUACAAGAUUGUAAUUCUGGGCGAUGGCGGCGUAGGGAAGUCAGCCGUCACGCUUCAGUUCGUCAGCCACAGCUUCCUGGACUACCACGAUCCGACGAUUGAGGACUCGUACCAACAGCAGGCGGUCAUCGAUGGGGAGGCGGCCCUGCUGGACAUUCUCGACACUGCCGGCCAGGUCGAGUUCACCGCGAUGCGGGAUCAGUACAUGCGGUGCGGCGAGGGAUUCAUCAUUUGCUACUCCGUUACCGAUCGGCACAGCUUUCAGGAGGCGUCCGAAUAUCGGAAACUGAUCGCCCGGGUUCGACUCACCGAGGACAUCCCGUUGGUGCUGGUUGCCAACAAGUUGGAUCUGCAGUCUCAACGGAAGGUUUCGACAGAGGAAGGCAAAACGUUGGCGAAACAGUUUGGAUGCCCGUUCUACGAAACAUCGGCCGCUCUGCGGCAUUACAUAGACGAAGCGUUCUUCUCACUGGUCCGUGAGAUUCGGAGAAAGGAAGCGCAGAGGGACCUCAACGGUGGUUCCAGUUCCGAGAAGCUUCACUCCCGACGGCGCAGCCGCUGGUGGCGGUUGCGUUCGAUUUUUGCCUUGGUAUUCCGACGGCGCCGAAAUACGAUCGGUAACUAAUAGUAAUCGAAACUGCACAGACCGUAAGUACACGAGCUACUAAAAAAAAUCUACUAAAUGCACAAAAGUGUGGCAGCAAUCGAAAACCAAUGCAGCAUUCGAACCCGCUUUGAAAAGGAAUUGAAAAUUGACUUAUCAAUAGAGCAUCAUUCGUGUUGAGAAUUUGUGUUCCAAGUCGAAGCUGGGGACACGCCAAGCGACCAAAAAUUUAUAACUAUAACAGUUACAAAAUUUCCCCAAAAAAACAAAACUGUGCUAAGGUUCCAUGAGAAACCAGGAGUUGUUGAAUAUUUCGGUUAAGCUUUAGGAAAAGAAAAUUAACACAUCGAGAAUGUAAACAAAAAUCCAAUGUUGAGGCAGUGUGUAUUUAGAAUUAAGACUAGUACAGAGACAUAAGAAAAGAACAUCGAGACCGGGAGAGACCGGAGGUCCACUCGGGCAGUUCCUGUCAGUUUGUUAGAUUUCAUAGUGUCGUUAAUAGCGAUGAGAUGGUAAGAUCGGACUGGAGCAGAGACCGAAGAUUGUAUCAUACAGAGGAAAAGGGUAAUUGCCCAUGAUCAUAGCAUUUUUACUCGAUGUAGUUCACACACACACAAACACGUUGUUAAGAGUUAAGAAGGGUAGGAUCAACUGCCCUGAAAAGAGUGCUUUGUUGAGACGUUCAUUUUAUUAUGCUAAAGAGAGGAUUUCGUAGAACGAUAGUUUACCAAGCUGGACUAAUCCAAAAGAAAGGAGGAAUGAAUAAUAUAUUUAGGAGUUACACUACAAGAAUCCACUAAUUUCACAACAGUAUUUAUAAACGCAUUUAUUUAUUUGUUAACAAUAACAAUCUUUACAAUUGACUAAUCUGUGAUUUCCCAAGGUUCAAUCUUCUUUGCUUUGAAGGUAGUCCCUCCGCAAGGUACUACAGUUGCCGUUAGAUCUCUUAGUUCGUUUCAUUUUACAACCUAGUUCUGGAUUGUUUCAAGUUGAGUUACCAAACGUAAGAAACACAAACGCAUAAAGGCAGCAUUUGCAUUCAGUAUUGACGUAGGCAUAUAAUCCAAACAAUUGCGUAUUCAAACAGGGUUCCAACAUUGAAGCGUAGAUUUAUUACCAAAUAUUAAACAACCGAUACUAAAGAUAGAAACACAAUGUAUGGAUUACUGCUCGCUUCCACGUGAUAGCAACUAGGAAAAGGAUGAUAAGGAAGCGUAUGUUUUCUACACACAAAAAAAUAAAACAACAAAAAUCAAAAACACAAACAGCUCCGCUGUUUUGUGGUUCCCUUAUAUCAGAACAAAAAAAUCGGAUCAACUAGAAACGUUAGCUUUGUAUAGUGUAUAAUAUAG